AUAAGAGGCAGAAAAACGACAGAGAGCGCAGAUUUUAGAGAAAGAAGGCUGCAAAUUGAGCACACCAUGCUAUCCCUUCCACCAUGCUUCGGCGCCCAAUUCGUCGAUUCAAAAAUCUUAACAAGUCGCCGUUUUGGUUGGGAUCAUAUCGGAAAAUGAAAUAAUUUAAGAAAGGAGAAAGCACGAAAAAUAAUAUUGAGGAACAGUGUGUCUGAAAGGUUUAUAUUUUUAACAGUUGUGAAAGUUAGUAAAUUCUUUAAUCGAUUGCUCUAAGAAAAGCGCAUUAUUUAUCUUUUAAUAUUUGGCAAACGAGGAUGAAUUAAUGAUUCCACGAGCGUUGCGAGCGUUGAGCGUUGAACGCAUCCAAAGUCAUUAAUUAUUACAUUAAGAAUAUUCGCACAGAAGACCAGGAUAGUUCAAUGAUUAAUGUUGAAUAAAUUUAAGAUAUUUUCCACAGCUGUUUUCUAUACUAUUUUUUCUUUUAUUCAUUUGACAUGAUCUCCAGACAGCACUCUUGAAACAUUAGUCUUAAAAGAAGACAGAGAACAUUAGUCUUAAAAACGACUUAAAGAUAUCUUAAAGACGUCUUCCAGCAAGAUGUGCAGUUCGACAUGCUGCACAUAACAUUUCAACAAGAUUACAAAAAUGUUACAAAUUGCUGCAACAUUGCUGUUCUGUGCUGUAUAUGUCAGACAUUUUUAAGUGGCUUUUACAGCAUUUAAUGUCCUGAUUUUAGACAUUAUUUUGUCUAGGAUUUGUUAUUUACUACUUGAAAUCUGUUUUAUUAACAAGAUUUAAUUGUUAUUCAUUAGAUGCAAUUCAGUUCAGUUGAACUAUUUUUCCAGCAACGAAGGAGCAAAUUAGUUUCUUGUUAGCUGGCUGUGAAAACUAGUGAGAAAUCAUUUAAGAAACAUAAAUCCAGUACCAUAAAAAAGAUAAUGUUGCACAUACUUGGUAUAUUAUACAUAAUUCAUUUUUAUACUCUCAAUGCUAAAUAUUUACAAUAAACAUUUAUCUUUGAUCCUUUAUUUGUAUCAUCAGUAAGGAGAUUCAGAAAGAAAUACAGUCCCUUAGAUCAGAUGGCAGGUCAGAGAGAUUUAUCAUGUACCUGUCAUCACAAUUAAUGUCUGGUAUUACAAGAAUUCACUCUUAUCAAGUUGCAUAUUAUCAGAAGAAAGUUUGGGAAAUUCAAAUUGAGACUGAUGCAUUGAAAAAGAAAAAGAGUAAUAAAGAGAUUCCAUUCCAAGAUGGUACGGAUGUACCAAUGGACAAUCUUGACUAUCCUGUGAGAGAAUUGUCUCUCUCAGAUCAAAAUUUACUUAAUGCACAGUUACAAGCAGAUAGACAUCUUUUAUCUGAUGAAGAUGUCAAUCUGCCAAUGACUAUGCAAGAUGUAAAUUUUGGUCAUGUCAACUAUAAGGACAUGGAAUUUUUAUUUGGACAUGGUGACGAUAUCUCAGAUGAAAUGAAAAUGCUACAAAUAAACGAGGAAACAGACAUUUCUGAGCACAUAAAUACUCUGACAAUCCAUGAAGAAAUUCAAGGACACUAGUCUCGGGAAAUUCAUAGUCCAGGGAUUAUAGAUAUAUUGAAAUUAAAAGACAAGUCAAAAGAAGAAUUGUCUUUAACUCCACAAAAACAACAGCAGAUUGCACAGCAAGUGGAGACUCCUUCAAAGCGAAGACGUCCCAAGAAGCAAUACGUGUAGAAGAAACAAAUAGCAGGUUAAAUCUUCCUACAGAGUUGAGUGCUUUAGUGAGGACGGAUACUAUUGUCGAACCUGAAGACAAUACCGUGAACGCCCUGCAGAUAACAAACGUAGCUCAGGAGAUUAUGGAAGUACCAUUACCAGAAGUGAUACUGGAUAAUACUAGAAUUUCUUUAGGAGAAGGCACUAGCGCUAUUGAGGCUGCACAAGACCAGACAGAAAGUGUAAGAGAAUGAGAAGAUUCACCACUUGCAUUAACAAGUCCUGAUAUAUGGGCGUUAUUACAAGUUUUAUGGCACGAUAAUUACCAUGUCAAGUUCAGUCAGCUUAUUCCAAAGGACGAAAGAUACACCAAACAUGACGCUGCUAUCACUUUUGAUAUACUAAUCAAUAAAUUUUCAUGCUGAAAAGAAGCUCAUUUUGGAACAGCCUAAACGCUUUUGGACUCUAUGGAUUUGGAAGUAUUACAAUCAGAAAUAGAAUUUGUCUUUUUCUUUGUUUCAGUCCGAAUAUGGACUCACAAAAGAUGAGAUAGAGGUAUUUUAAAUUCGGCAUCAGAUACAUGAGAGAUAUGAAAUUGAUUGCUAUGUGAUAUAAGUGCCUGCCAGUUAGCAGCAGUUUUUCCUGUUUAUUUAAUAUCUCGAUACUGGGACAUUUAAAGUAACAGUGUUCGAAAUAAUUUAAAAGACAAAACAUAAUAGAUUCAAGAGAUACCGACAAUGAACUAGUUUUAAUAGAUGAAUAAACUCGUCAAGCAUAAUUAAUGCGUAGUUUGUUACACACGAAUUGUUCAUUAUUACAGCAAAAUAUGCAUAUAUUGUACAUAUAUUCAUGUAAUGUGUAAGACUCAUGUUGAUAUAAACAAACUUUAAUUCAUAAUAACAAUAAAUUUUAAAAUACAAACAUAUUAUCUAAAAUUGCAAUAUGGACAUCUUAUAUAAAUUGCUACGCUAUUAUUUAAUAUAAUAAAUAUUUCUACAUGCUUUUA